AUGCUCGAGACCAUGUUCCUAAACACACAACGACUGCUGUCAGCCUUUGCUGCGACAGCUCUCCUCUUCGCAACAUCAUCAUCAGCCACGGCCGUCCAACCCAGGCAAGGUCCCGGUCCGGUGAACGACUGGAUCACCAUCGACUCAAACGGCAAUGCCCGAACAAUCUCGCCAUCGGUCGUUACCAGCAAUGGCGCACGCACAACAAUCAGUCCGCCGCCGUACUCGUUAACGGGCACCGUCUACACCGUCACGGCCACCUCUGGCGGACUCACGACAAGCACAGGCGUACCGCCGCCGCCGCAGGCGAGCAACACCUUGGGAUAUGGGGGAGUCUUUGGCGUGUGCAACAACAACAUCGGGCAGGACGGUCCGUUUUGUCAGCCCCGACGGGGGAGCACUCUGUACGUGGAGACGACGUACUUCAGUAAGCUUAAAUUCAUACCCGGCCCGUCUGAAGCGCGCGACUAUCGUACCGCUGCGCCUCAAGUCCGCUCUGCUAACAAUUUUCUCCAAGUCACUUGGGAUACGACUUUCUUCGCCGACCCCGCCACGCCCAUUGGCAUCGUCGGCUUCGACGUAGACAACGGCAUCACUGACAGCGCACCCUCAUUCUCUGUAACGAACAUCAACGGCGGCGAUGGCUGGGUUCCUUGGACACCCCAUAUGACCGACCUGGCGGAUAAGAGCGCCAACAACAUAACCAUUAUCCUCAUGUACAACGACCCCGACACCGGCGAAGAGAACAACAUCACCGGACCCGUUUUCACACUGAGGUCGGCCUUGAACGUCAACCCCUCCACCCCUAAACCGAACCUCCUUGCCAUUGUAUUACCCGUCAUCCUCAUCUCUCUCACCAUUGCCGCGGUGAUGACGUGGCUGUACAUCAGGCGUCGUCGCCGCCACGCGGCUGUCGCUGCCGCGGUGGAACGCCAGAAUGCGGCGCAUCCCACGGGGCAACCACGGAGCAUGCAUAGGCAGAAGGGCAGCGCGGAUAUCCAGCUCGAGCCGACGAGUCCGCCGCCGGGCUCCGCGCCGGGUAGGAACGUAUUUCAGGAGGAAGUCCGCAGACAGGAGCGGGAGAGGGCGUAA